CAAAGAAGUGCACUGUGCAAUCCAUGUCAGCCUCCAGCAGGCCAAUUUGUCCUCAUAUUACGCACUCUGCAGGCUCUGCUGCUCGACCCCCAGGUCGAGGGUCGCCGUCCAGCAUCCCCCAACCCGAUGAGGGGUGACCCGGCAUGGUUAAUAAGUCAACAGAAUUCAGAAGCCACGGCCGGAUUAAGAAGGCAGUUUUAUUUUGGUGCCCUGCACUUCAAGCAGAUUAAAUAAUCAAAAAGGCCGUGCCAUCGGGGUCAUGUUUGAAUGCUACAGCUGUUCACCAAGGUUUGACAAACAUUCUUUAUGCGGCUCAUCGUCUGAAUGGGAAAGGCAGGGAUGAUCCUGGGGAGGCCAACAUUUUAAGAAAGAAGAGGGGCACAAUCCCAAGAUCCUCUUAUGGAAACUGAGCCCAGCCAGAUGGAGACAAGGGGAAGGGCUGCUGAAAUAAGUGGUCUUUUGAAAGCAACAACUGUUUUCUGCAUUGAAGAAAAGCACAGGCAGCAGGCUUCAGAAAGACCGAAUGUAACGCUGGGCUCCGAGUCUGCCAUGCCUCUGGUGUGUUGCUCUGCACAUUAAUUAAGGGGGCUACGAGGUCAGCAAGGACGUCCGUGGAGACUCCGUCAUGAAAGGUGAACUGCUGCUGUUUUCCAGCGUGAUUGUCCUGCUCCAGGUGGCAUGCAGCUGCCCAGACAAGUGCCGCUGUCACUCAUCUACAAACUUUGUAGACUGCAGCCGGCAAGGUCUGGCUCAAAUCCCUUCCCAUUUACCUCCUCAGACUCGAAUGCUGCACUUACAAGAUAAUCAGAUACACCAUCUCCCUGCUUUUGCAUUUAGGUCAGUGCCAUGGCUCAUGACCUUAAACUUGUCCAACAAUUCCCUUUCAAAUCUGGCCCCUGCAGCUUUCCACGGGCUUCAGCACUUGAAAGUUUUAAACCUAACCCAGAAUUCCCUCCUUUCCCUGGAAAGCAGACUUUUCCAUUCCCUCCCUCAGCUGAGGGAGCUUGAUUUGUCAUCUAACAACAUAAGCCACCUUCCCACGUCCCUGGGCAAGACUUGGGAGAACCUAACUAUCCUUGCAGUUCAACAAAACCAGCUUCAACAGCUUGAUCGAGCGCUUCUGGAAUCCAUGCCCAGUGUGAGGCUUUUAUUUCUCAAGGACAACCUCUGGAACUGCAGUUGCCACUUGCUUGGUCUUAAACUUUGGCUGGAGAAAUUUAUCUAUAAAGGGGGAAUAACAGAUGGCGUCAUCUGUGGAUCACCAGACAUCUGGAAGGGAAAGGACCUCCUUCGGAUCCCCUAUGAGCUGUACCAGCCCUGCCCUCUUCCUGCUCCUCAUCCAGUGUCCUCGCAGGCUCAGUGGCAGGGCUCUGCCCAUGGGGUGGUGCUGAGGCCUGAGAGCCACAACUCGGGGGAGCAAGACCUCUUGGAGUGUGAGCUCAAACCCAAGCCAAGGCCGGCCAACCUGCGUCAUGCCAUUGCCACCGUCAUCAUCACUGGGGUUGUAUGUGGGAUCGUGUGUCUCAUGAUGUUGGCAGCUGCCAUCUAUGGCUGUACCUAUGCAGCAAUCACAGCCACAUACCAUGGGGGACCCUUGGCUCAAACCAAUGAACCUGGGAAGGCAGAAGCAAAAGAGCGAUUUGACAGCUCACCAGCCUGAGAGCUUUUGUCUCAAGUAGGAUUGGUUAUUGAAGGCUAGAAGACAGUGACGAAGGAGGGCUGAUGUGUUCACUGUUAGUCUCAUUUUGCUUUUGCCAAAAGAAAAAAAAAAUGUGUCUGUAAAAAAUAUUCCUGGGGAGGAAUUUGUGUCGAGAUUUAAAAAAUACCAUAGGUGAAAUAGAGAUGAAACUUGUGCUCUGGACCCGAGAAGUUAUUACGACAAUUCUAUGUGGAGGUAGGACAUGCAUGGAGAAAGGGAGGAUGCCGUCUCUUCCACGUACUCUUCUGUGGAUUAAGUUCCUUUUACAGAGCAACGGAAAUUCAAACACACAUGCCAGUCAGCAUUCCUGGGAGCUUUAUGGUCCUUGGGAAAACUGCCGAAUUUUCGGUGCCUGGGAAGAGGCUGGUGAUCUUACCCGAGGGGCAUUGAAUGCCUCUAUAAUUCAUGCUAGAUCAGUGAUACUUUUAGAUGUUGUAUAUGUUAUAUAUUUAAUGGGUGCAUCUGUUGGUUGGAAAUUUCAUAGCUUGCCACAAGAGUCAGAGUAUAUUUAAUUUUGUAAAUCAGAAAACCAUUUGGGGCUUUCUAGGCCGCAGAGGAAGAGGAAGAUUCCAUGUCCGGAUAAUGGGACUCAGGCCCUCAGUCCAAGGAAGUUUUCUGAUGCAAGGGUAAAUAAUAUGUAAACAAACACAAAGAGGAUGGGGAGCCAGAAUUUGGGGCAGAUAUUACCGAAAGGCCAUAUCCACCAAGGGAUUGGAAGCUUCCAUUUACAACUCUCACAGCAGGAAUGAAUUUAGGUCGGGCUGAGAGCGAGAUAAUGACUUUUGUGUAUCUGUAUCUGCAUACAUAGCGCACAGAGUGCACAGAGUUGUACAACCACACCCACACAUAAACAUACUCAGAGCAAUCAGUUUACCCACUAAUGAAAUGCAGCCGUGUCAGGGUGGAAGCCAGCAGCUGUUGUCCACCACCCAGAUUGUCCACUCCCCAUGCUGAGACAGGAGUAUGAAGGAAGACUGAAGAGAGGGGAAAUUACCAAGAGACUCAAGAUAGGUGGAGGCAGCUAUCCUGAACAUUAUUUAGGCCAUGGUUUUAAAAAAAAUCAGGUGUGGCUGGCUUUAUUCCACAGACAUGGUCUUGAAGAGUUGCAUGCAAAGUAAAUUUUUGUAAAUUGAAUCAUCAUUUUAAUGCAGUAGGGGAGCUGGCUAUUUAAAGGAACCUUUCAUGGAAUCUUUCUGUAAUAGAAAUAAUUGGCUCCAGAUUUAUGCAUUUUGUAAAUUUGCAUUUUCUCAUGCUAAGUUUUCUUAAAGUGGAAUCUACCUGUUCUCUCUCAUGAUGUUCCAGCUCAUACAUAGUCACUUGUUAGUAUUAAAAUUAUUUUACACAAGAA